GUCGUCACACACGCUUUCAAUCUUUCCUCUUUCCCUUUUCAUCAGCUGCCGAAAAUGAUGCUCUAUAAGCUGGUUGUUCUCGGCGACGGAGGUGUAGGAAAGACCGCUUUGACCAUCCAGGUAGAUUAUCAGAUAGCCCAUUUCCUGUUUGGACCCGUACUUCACACACAAAUGCCAGUGGAGGGCAUAGUAGUUCGAAAUACGAUACGAACUAAAUCAGACCCAAUCGACGUAUUGGCUAAUUCACAAAGCUGAUUGCCGUCGAGAAACUUCGAGUUUUAUUCGAGUCCCAUCGACAUGAACAGUAUUAUAACGUCUAUUACCAAACGACAGACCCGCCCAUCGUUUAUAUGAAAAACUGAACACAGCUGCGUUCUGUCGUUGUCGCCACCGAUUUCAAAUAAUGUUUUGUAUGAUUAUCAGUAUAUCUAACCAUCCUUUUGUUUUUUAUGUAUUUGUCAUAAAUUUUUACAGCUAUGUCUUAAUCACUUCGUAG